AUGACCGGCUCCGCCGCCGACACUCAUCGCUGCCCCCACCCCAAAAGCACCAAAAGCACCCGGUCCCGGAGCAGCCACGCACGGCCCGUGAGCCUCGCCACUAGCGGGGGCUCGGAGGAGGAGGACAAAGACGGCGGGGUGCUGUUCCACGUGAACAAGAGCGGGUUCCCGAUCGACAGCCACACCUGGGAGCGGAUGUGGCUGCAUGUUGCCAAGGUCCAUCCCAGAGGGGGAGAGAUGGUAGGCGCCAUCAGAAACGCUACCUUCCUGGCUAAGCCUUCAAUUCCCCAGGUUCCAAACUACAGGUUGUCCAUGUCGAUCCCAGACUGGCUCCAGACCAUCCAGAAUUACAUGAAGACACUACAAUACAACCACACAGGGACCCAGUUCUUUGAAAUCAGGAAAAUGCGACCUCUGAGCGGGUUAAUGGAGACAGCGAAGGAGAUGACCCGAGAAUCCUUGCCUAUCAAAUGCCUGGAGGCAGUCAUCCUGGGCAUAUAUUUAACCAAUGGGCAGCCUUCCAUUGAGCGCUUCCCUAUCAGCUUUAAAACCUAUUUCUCAGGAAACUACUUCCACCAUGUCGUGCUGGGGAUUUACUGCAAUGGUUACUAUGGUUCACUGGGCAUGAGCCGAAGGGCUGAGCUGAUGGACAAGCCGCUGACCUUUCGGACUCUGAGUGACCUUGUCUUUGACUUUGAAGACUCCUAUAAGAAAUACCUGCACACGGUCAAGAAGGUCAAGAUUGGGCUGUACGUCCCCCAUGAGCCUCACAGUUUCCAGCCCAUCGAGUGGAAGCAGCUUGUCCUCAAUGUCUCCAAGAUGCUGAGGGCUGACAUCAGGAAGGAGCUGGAGAAGUACGCCAGGGACAUGAGGAUGAAGAUCUUGAAACCUGCAAGUGCCCACUCUCCAACCCAAGUGAGAAGCCGGGGAAAGUCCCUGUCUCCACGAAGGAGACAAGCAAGUCCUCCAAGGAGGCUGGGCAGGCGAGACAAAUCGCCUGCUCUGACCGAGAAGGUGGCUGACCUCAGCACUCUGAACGAAGUGGGCUAUCAGAUCCGGAUCUAGCCGAGCCAGGCUGGCAAGGUUUCUAUUGGUGCUCUUCUCUGCACUUUACCCAGCAGCUUCAGGAGGAACUGCAACUUGUGGAGUUAUGAUUUUGAAGGAUUUACCUGGAGAUAGAAGCUGAGUGGGUUUGGAAAAAACUCACUGGGCAGCAGGCGUGACUGGGCUGAAGUGACGGACGAACCCCUGGGUUGACUGACUCCCUCACUCAGGAUCUCAAGAACAAUGUUGACUGCAGUUUUCUACUUUUCCAUUUGCCGACUGUUGUGCUUGCUCUGGACAUUCUGCCUCAGCCGUAGUAACCGUUUGUGGAGUUACUCUCACUUUUUGGUACAGUAGGCAACUCAGCCAGUAUUACCGUCUUCUCAGCAAUAACAAGCAAAGAUGGGUGGGUUUUUUUUAAGCAGUUGAUAUUACCUCAACAUUUUGGCAUCAGAUAUGCAAUCUUAAUGAGUUUUUUAUAUUCUAUUUGUAUUGUUUUCCUAUAGGGAUCUCGAUGGUUUGGAGGGUUUUUUUUUUUCCUGGUUCACA